AUGACCAUGGCAAUGCCACAGGGGAACGCCGUCUUCCCACGAAGCCACGUUGGUUUUGACAGCAUCACUCAACAAAUCGAGAAGAAACUCCUCAAGAGAGGUUUUCAGUUCAAUGUCAUUUGCGUCGGCCAAACUGGACUGGGCAAGUCGACCCUGAUCAACACCAUCUUCGCAUCACACCUGAUCGAUUCCAAGGGCCGUCUGCGGCCUGAUGAACCCACUCGUUCGACCACUGAGAUUCAGACAGUUUCACAUAUUAUUGAGGAAAAUGGUGUGCGACUAAGAUUGAACAUCGUUGACACACCUGGCUACGGCGACUUGGUCAAUAACGAUCGAUGCUGGGACCCCAUCGUGAAAUACAUCAAAGAUCAGCACUCUGCGUACCUCCGUAAAGAACUCACCGCCCAGCGCGAACGGUACAUCCAAGACACACGUAUCCACUGCUGUCUGUUCUUCAUUCAGCCGUCCGGUCACGCUCUCAAGCCUAUCGACAUUGUCGUUCUCAAGAAACUCUCCGACGUCGUAAAUGUCGUCCCUGUUAUUGCGAAAGCUGACUCCCUGACCCUCGAGGAACGUCGUGCUUUCAAGGAGCGCAUUAAGGAGGAAUUCGCUUUCCACAACCUGAAGAUGUAUCCAUACGACAACGAAGAGCUAGACGAUGAGGAGCGGGCUACAAACAGCACUAUCAAGGACAUCAUCCCAUUUGCAGUUGUAGGAAGCGAGAAGACUAUCAUUGUUAAUGGCAAGCAAGUUCGUGGCCGCCAAAACAAAUGGGGUGUGAUCAAUGUCGAGGACGAAAACCACUCCGAAUUUGUCUAUCUCAGGAACUUCCUCACCCGAACACAUCUUCAGGAUCUCAUUGAAACCACCAGCCAGAUCCACUACGAGACAUUCCGUGCCAAGCAAUUGUUGGCCCUGAAGGAAAGCAGUGCAGCAAGCGGCAUGGCUGGAAGCAGGCCUAUCAGCCCAUCCGCAGACAGGGAGCUGAGCCGAGGUUCGCAACGCAUGACCAUGAAUGGGUACUAG